UCUGCAGGGCUAGCGGAAAGGGCUCUAGAAGGUUCUGGAAGUCAAGAUUGUGAAUAGCUGCUUUUGAAUAAUGGAAUCCUCAAGGCCUUGCGAAACGAAUGCCAGAGCCCCUGCAGGUGCCAUGACUCAGCAGCCCCAGGAGGACUUUGACAGGAGUGUGGAGGAUGCCCAGGCAUGGAUGAAGGCUGUGCAGGAUCAGCUGCAGGUCAAUGACAACACGCAGGGGCCCCGCGCGGCCCUGGAGGCCAGGCUGUGGGAGACCGAGAAAAUAUGCCAGCUGGAGCCCGAGGGGCGUGUGAAGGUGGACCUCGUGCUACGGAUGGCCGAAGCCCUCUUGGCAUGCUGCCCUGGGGACCAGAAGCCCAGGAUCCUGGCCCGGCUGAAGGACAUCAAGGCCCAAUGGGAGGAGACAGUCACCUACAUGACUCACUGUCACAGCCGCAUCGAGUGGGUGUGGCUGCACUGGAGCGAGUACCUGCUGGCCCGAGAUGAGUUCUACCGCUGGUUCCAGAAGAUGAUGGUCACGCUGGAGCCCCACAUCGAGCUCCAGCUGGGCCUGAAGGAGAAGCAGUGGCAGCUGAGCCACGCCCAGGUGCUGCUGCACAACGUGGACAACCAGGCAGUGCUCCUGGACCGGCUGCUGGAGGAGGCAGCCUCCCUGUUCAACAGGAUCGGUGACCCCAGCGUGGACGAAGAUGCCCAGAAGAGAAUGAAGGCUGAGUACGAUGCAGUGAAGACCAAGGCCCAGGACCGGGUAGAUCUGCUGGAGCAGGUGGCCCAGGAGCAUGAGGAGUACCAGGCAGUCGUGGACGAGUUCCAACUGUGGCUGAAGGCAGUGGUGGAGAAGGUGAAUGGCUGCCUGGGACGAAACUGCAAGCUGCCCAUCACGCAGCGCCUCUCCACACUGCAGGACAUUGCCAAAGAUUUUCCCAGGGGCGAGGAGUCUCUGAAGAGGCUGGAGGAGCAGUCUGUGGGUGUCAUUCGGAACACCUCUCCUUUGGGUGCAGAGAAGAUCACCGGAGAACUGGAAGAGAUGAGGAAAGUUCUGGAGAAGCUGCGCGCCCUCUGGGAGGAGGAGGAGGAGCGGCUGCGGGUCCUGCUCCAGUCCAGGGGAGCCUGUGAGCAGCAGAUUAAGCAGCUGGAGGCUGAGCUCAGUGAGUUCAGGAUGGUCCUGCAGAGGCUGGCCCAGGAGGGCCUGCAGCCUGCGGUGAAGGCGGGGACCGAGGACGAGCUGGUGGCACACUGGAGACGCUACUCGGCAACACAGGCGGCGCUGGCCUCGGAGGACCCCCGGGUGGACCGGCUGCAAGCCCAGCUGAAGGAGCUCAUCAUCUUCCCUCACAACCUGAAGCCACUCUCUGAUAGUGUCAUCGCUGCCAUCCAGGAGUAUCAGAGCCUGAAGGUGAAGAGCGCCAGGCUGCGCAAUGCCGCGGGGGUGGAGCUGUGGCAGCAUUUCCAGCGGCCUCUGCAGGAUCUGCAGCUGUGGAAGGCCCUGGCCCAGCGGCUCUUGGAGGUCACUGCCAGCCUGCCGGACCUGCCUUCCCUUCACACCUUCCUGCCCCAGAUCGAGGCGGCCCUGAUGGAAAGCUCCCGCCUGAAAGAGCUGCUGACGAUGCUGCAGCUGAAGAAAGACCUCCUGAUUGGCGUCUUUGGCCAGGAGAGAGCCACGGCACUCCUGGAGCAGGUGGCGGGUUCCAUGAGGGACAGAGACCUGCUGCAUAACAGCCUCCUGCAGAGGAAAAGCAAACUGCAGAGCCUGCUCGCUCAGCACAAAGACUUUGGAGUGGCUUUCGAGCCCCUGCAGAGGAAGCUCUUGGACCUCCAAGUCAGGGUCCAAGCCGAGAAGGGGCUUCAGCGGGACCUUCCUGGAAAACAGGCCCAGCUCUCAAGGUUGCAGGGGCUGCAGGAAGAGGGGCUGGACCUGGGGGCACAGAUGGAGGCUGCAAGGCCUCUGGUCCAGGAGAACCCCAACCACCAGCACAAAAUGGACCAGCUUUCCUCUGACUUCCAGGCCCUGCAGAGGUCUCUGGAGGACCUUGUGGACAGGUGUCGGCAGAGUGUGCAGGAGCACUGCACCUUCAGCCACCAGCUGCUGGAGCUGCGGCAGUGGAUCACCGUGACCACACAAAAGCUGAAGGCACACCGGGGAGAGGCGGGCCUGGGGGAUGCUGAGUCCCAAGAGGCCGAGUUUGAGAGGCUGGUGGCAGAAUUCCCGGAGAAGGAGGCCCAGCUGUCCCUGGUGGAAGUGCAGGGCUGGCUGGUGAUGGAGAAGUCUUCUCCGGAGGGUGCUGCCGUGGUGCAGGCGGAGCUCAGGGAGCUGGCAGAGUCGUGGCAGGCCUUGAGGCUGCUGGAAGACAGUCUGCUGAGCCUCAUCAGAAACUGGCAUCUGCAGAGGAUGGAAGUGGAUUCGGGGAAGAAAAUGGUUUUCACCAACAACAUCCCGAAGUCAGGAUUUCUCAUCAACCCCAUGGAUCCUAUUCCCAGGCAUCGUCGACGUGUAAAUCUUCUACAGGAAGAAGAAGGGAGCCUUGAAGAUUUCACCCAGCUCCUGAGGAACUUUGAGCAGUGGUUGCAGGUGGAAAACUCCAAGCUGGUUAGAAUCAUCGCAAUGAGAACUUCUACAGCCGAGGACUUGAGGACCAGAAAAUCGAAGCUGCAGGAGCUGGAGGCUCGGGUGCCAGAAGGUCAGCAUCUCUUUGAGAACCUCCUUCGUCUCGGGCCAGCAAGGGGGACCUCGGAUGAGCUGGAAGAUCUGCGCUACCAGUGGAUGCUGUACAAGUCCAAGCUGAAGGACGCCGGCCACCUGCUGACACAAAGUUCUCCAGGGGAGCCGACUGGAUUCCAAAAGACUCCGCGGUGGCGAGGACUGGGCUCCCUCUUCCGGAGGGUGUGCUGUGUGGCGCUCCCACUGCAGCUGCUUCUGCUGCUAUUCCUCCUCCUGCUGUUCCUGCUCCCAAUCAGGGAAGAGGACCGCAGCUGCACCCUGGCCAACAACUUCGCCCGCUCCUUCACGCUCAUGCUGCGCUACAAUGGCCCACCACCCACCUAACCCACUGGGGCAUACAGGUGACUUUCUUCUCCAACCUCCAUCAGUCCCAGGGCCCCUCCUGAGGUUGCCCGCCAGGGAAACUGGAAACAGGGGCAGGCCAAAGACUGCAGAGCUGCAUCCAUAUCAGUGCUGUGUCAGCGUUCCCGGAACACACUUACUUUUUAUACAGUGUUGUCUUAGUCUAUUUAUACUAAAUGUGUACUACAUGUGACUAGGGAAUAAUGUCUAGAAUUUUUAUAUGAUCUGUAUGUAAAUGCUAAGUAUGUAUAAUUUCAUAUACAAGGUCUAUUUGGAGUUGGGAAAAUUCCUAGCCAUGUCUCCCUCCAAUGGGAUUUUGUGGUAUUGUUGACUUGGUCUGCAGUCAACCCUAGAAAGCAAGAACAAUAACAUGUCACUUUCAUGGCAACCUCUUCUCCAAAGCUAAUCCCAGAACUCAGAUGUAAUGAAAGGCCUCUGAGCUGCAAUGUGGAAGAGCACCACAGACCCUCACUUAGUGCCCAGUGACUCUUGCUUUAUGCAUAAUGAGAACAAGUAUGCUUGUCUAGUUUUAACAACCACAAAGAGUAGCUGCCAUGUGUCAGAAGUAGAAAUGGCAAUGACCAGAGGCAGGUACAGUGAUAGCAGUGACAAGUGACAGAGUGACAUCAAGGGAGAAAAAGAAGAGCUGCAGAGAGCAGAUCCCUGAACUAAGAAAGCACAGCCAUGUGGAGGCAUCGCAUGCGGGAGCCCUAACCCCAGCUCUCAGCGGCUUCUGAUCACACAGACCUAUGAGGACUGUCCCUGGUGAUGACACCAAGCCCCCAUGAAACGGUGAGAUCCUGCUCUGUGUGUUUCAUUCAGGGAGAAAGGGAAGAAGACAGGCUUUAUUUUUAAGAUUUCCAUGCAGAAUGGUGAGGCACACUCCGUGAGCAGCACCCACUGGCAGUGCCCAGGAAAGAUGUGUUUCCUCUGUUGCUCCUGGACUGAGUUUUCAUCGUCGAGAGCUCAAGCUGCAGGUGAGAAGGGAAGCAUCUGCCAUACCAUGGGCCAGGGAUCGAGGGUCCAGGACAGCGGUGAGAGAAUCUGCUCUGGAGUUCGGCCUGUCUCAAGGGCUCUCCUUCCCCUUCCUAGAAAAGACUCUGGAGACAGCAGGUCCAUGGGGCCAAGAAGGUCUCAUGUGCAUCCCCAUAUGGGACUAGGGCCCAGGCCACCCAAAACCAGGCCCUCUCCAGCCAGGUGUAGGUGAGCCGGGCUCCAUGCACCACCUGGGCUGGGGCCGCAGUGACUCCAUGUGAGUUCCCGAGGCCAGAAACUCAUCCCUUCCUUGCCAGGGAACUCUGGGAUGGUUCCUAAGUGCUUUACAACUGGAUCAUGUUUUUCCUAAAUCAACACUAAAUUUUCCCCUUUAAAAAAGUACUUAAUUCCCACUCUUUACAAAUGGAUUUUACCGUUCAACUACAAAUACGAGCUUCAGAGGGGAUUUCCUCGGACCUUCUCUCUGGCUUUGGAAUCAUAAAGUAUUAUAGACCCAGAAAGGCCCUUUAAGUAGAGGGGAAACUGAGGCCCUAAGAGGGCCUGAUGCCCAGCACCACUGCUGUCUCACACACACUGACCCUUUGCCUUUCACCGUGAGCUCUGCCCUUGGGGACCCGGGUCCUAGGCAACUAGGACAUUCAUGGGCAGGAAACCCAUGCUGCCAAGGACAGCCCUUGGGGCUGACUCAGAAAGUAUAUUUUUUUUUCUUUUAACUCGCCUGUAUUUGUUACAACUUUAAGCAGAAUGUGACUUGGGCACUGUAUUUCCAUCCACAAGCCUGGCUCUGAGUUAUUAUUAUUAUUGUUAUUAUAAUUAUUUUGAGACGGAGUUUCGCUCUUUUUGCCCAGGCUGGAGUGCAGUGGUGCGAUCUCGGCUCACUGCAACCUCCGCCUCCCAGAUUCAAGCGAUUCUCCUGCCUCAGCCUCCCGAAUAGCUGGGAUUAUAGGCAUCUGCUACCACGCCCAGCUAAUUUUUGUAUUUUUAGUAGAGUUGGGGUUUUACCAUGUUGGCCAGGCUGGUCUCGAACUCCUGACCUCAGGUGAUCUGCCCACCUCAGCCUCCCAAAGCACUGGGAUUACAGGCAUGAGCCACCAUGCCUGGCCUUUUUUUUUUUUUGAACGGCUUUAUGAUAAGCUGUAGGCUUAUAAUUAUGCUCCUCCAAACAACACUUUUCUUUGGAAAACAAGCCCUCUGGACUCUCCAUCCUUCCAUCAAGUUCCUUCCCUCAAGCUGCUUCAGUUUAACUUAUUUCUACAGGACUAGUACAUGCAGAAUUGGCAACUACAGGGGAUGAAAAGUUCAAAAAGUAGAUCCUACAACCCUGUGACUUGGUUUCCAAAUAUCUAGAGAAAUUUGUGAUUUCAUGUAAAAAGAGAAAGCACACUUUUCUCCAGAUAUCUGGAAACCAAGCCAUAGGGCCAUUCUCUGCAGGCAACCGCCUUACUGGAAAAUCAGGGGCUGAGUGAGCCCAGGCAGCCAUGCCCAGAUGUCCAGUCCUGGAAGUCAGAGCAGUGGCGGGGCGGUGGCGGCAGGCGGCGGAGCUUGCCAGGUUUCCACUCUACUAUGUCACAGGUGAGAAAGCUGAGGCCCAGAAUGGGGAAGAAACUGAUCCAUGGCCACACAGUGAGAGGCAGCAAGGCCAGAGCCCAACUGGCCACCAUGGCCCUCAGGUGGUGUCCUGCUCGUUGUAGUGUGUUCCCCGCGUGUCGGCAACUACAGGAAGAAAACAGCCACUGGGCAUGUGUGCAGCCUGUCACAUAUACCACAUGUUGGGGAAGUAGAAGCUGGAACAUGCGGGCGGGGGUGGGAAUAUCUACCUAUAUUUUUUAAAUUUUGAUAAUGAUGCCAUCAAGUCUGCUUGUUUGCAUAACUGUUUUUUAAAAAAGAAUUGAUAUUUUCAGUACUUUCAUAUAAAUAUACUUGUAAUAUGACGUAACAGCCCAAUUAUUGGUGCUUCCAAGUGCAAGUGCAAUCUCCUUUGCUUAAAGGAGAGCCAGGCAAUUAUUCUUAUGACUUUAGUUUCUAGCCUCUUUAACGGCCUUGUAGAGCUUUAAGGUGCUACUGGAGAAAGGUGGCGCUGUGGCGCGCGCGCGCGCGCGUGUACGUGUGUGUGUGUGUGUGUGUGUGUGUCUUGUUCGUCUGUUUCCAAAAUGAAAGGGGUCUUAGAGUUUAUAAGAAUUGGUACUCUCAUGGCCCAACACUGUGUGUGUGUGUGUGUGUGUGUGUGUGUGUGUGUGUGUGUGUGUGUGUGUGUGUCAGAGAGAGAGAGAGGAGGGAAGCGGAGGAGGGAGAGAGAACCACCAGUGGGUCGGUUGAUGAAUUAGUUAUCCCUGCUUACCUGUCCCUCCCACCCCUUUCUUUCUUAGCCCGUUCUCUGCAUGUGGAAAGGCACAUGCAGCACCCAGAGGGUGUUUAAAAAGAGAAGCUGGGAGCGGGCGGGAUGGGCAGGUACUGACAACAGAUGAGGCCAGGAGACCCUGGGAAGUGCCCAGUGGUGGCGGGACAGAGGGAACACCGACAAGGGAGACAAAGAACGUGCUCCGUUUGGUGCUCCUGGGUGCGUGACCCCCUUGGGUGGCAUUUGGCAGCCUUGCUUUAUGUAAUUCCCACACUGACACCUGCCCCCAGGGUUUGAUACUGUUUUACCCCCACGUUUGAUAUGGAACACUGAGGCUUAAAGAUAUAAAGACCCUUGCUCAUGCUGAAGUGGGUCCAAACCCACAACAUGGGGCAAUGAGGACCCCAAAGCCCAGGCUGGAGGGGGGCUUCAGGCUGGUUCUACCAGGUUGCAGUCUCUGUAGCCUCUGGGAAUGGAGUUCCCUGUGCAAGCAGGCAGAACUCUGCCCAUCAGCUCGCCUGGGACAUGGCCAGAGUGGAGCAUCCAUACAUUUCCCUGAGGGACUGGUCCUCAGCUGUGAGAUGAGUCACCACCAGCAGCACAUUCCCUUGGGCCAUCUAUCAUUAUCUUCACAUUGCUCACCUGGAAGAUGAGCCCCUCUAAUGUCUCAUGAUGAGGUCCUCGGUCAUGAAUGACAGAACUCCACACCCCCAAUGCCCAGCACAGGAUAAGAGCUUCAGCUGUGGUUUGCUGAAACCCAAAGGCAAAUGUGUUUCCUGACACCCGACUCCCUUCCAGAAGAAAUGGGUCAUGGAUGACCUGACCCAAUUCCAUCUCUCAGGCCCCGUUUGCUUCUGGCAGCUGGCUGGAGUUCCCUGCAGGGACCGGGGGUCCAAAGAUGCUUGUCUCCAGGCGGCUUCAGGGGAAGGAAGCUGGGGACCAUUUGCAGCCUGGACGCCAAGGAGAAUGACAGGCAGAGGGGAGAAAAAGGCCUGAAGGUGGGCAGUUUGUGCUAACUGGGGGUUCCCUAAUGGAUUUUACUGUUGGCAAACUGGGACCGGUGGCAUCAUCCUGCCCUGCCUUGCAGGGGAUGGGAGGCUGGGGCUGCCCACAGUUAGGGAGUAAAGAGGGGAUCUUAUCUCUUGCAUUAGACUGGAGCCAGGCCUGACCGGGAGGCCGGGAGGCUUUGCAGAAACUUUGAGGACCUGCACUUUAUGCUGGUCUGGCUGGAGAGGGUGGACAGGGAAGUGGGCCAGAGGGAGUCAGGCUUGAUGCACUGAACUGUGUGCUUAAAAGUGGUUAAGAUGCUAAAUUUUAUGUUAUGUUUACUUUACCACAAUUUGAGGGUGAGAGGAGAGAGAGAGAGUGAGAGCAAAAGAGAGAGAGAGAGAGAGAAGAGAGAGAGAAAAAGAGGAAGCAGGGGGGCGGGGAUAGCGAGAGAGAAAAAGAGAAUGGGAAUGGCAGGCUGUACCUUCAUGGUUCCCAACUUUCCUCCGAGGACAAGCGCUAGUGGCAAAGCUUUCACUGACCAAAGGCAAGUGAAACAAUAUGAGGGAACGCCUUGAGUUUUUCUUUCCAUAGGAUUUAUUUCACCCUAACACUGGCUCUUCAUUCUGGGAUUAUAUCUCUCCUACUUCAAGGGUGCUCAAUGGCCUUUAGGAAAUGAGGGAUGGGUAAAGGUGGCUCUGUCUUUUUUGAUGGUUUCCAUUGUGUUUUGGGAGCCCUCAUUGGACAAAAUAAAAAGUUGCCAACUCUGCGUUGGUUUGCUCCCCAUACAGUAUUCUUCCUGGAAAAACAUGUCUGAAAGUUUGGGAACCCAGGAGAUGGCUGGGAGAAGAGAGCAGCUUGAGGAUUGCUUAGUGCAGGAGUCCCCGAGGGAGAGAAGGAAAGAGAAAUGGGAAGAGGGACAUCAUGGAAAUUUGUGGCAACUGGGUUCAGGGGAGGCCAGGAGGCUGCCAGCUGUGGCCCCUCCAAAAAAAAAAAAAAAAAAAAACCCAGUUGCUCACUGGCCGUGCCUUCCCACUGGCCAUUCGGAUGCUGUCUGGGGUCUGGAGCUUUCUCUCUCCUGGUUGGUGGGCAGAAGUGCCCUGUGCCUCUUUGCAUCUUAAUCCAAUGCAACAAGCAUUCUCCAGCCUGUGCCAGGCUUUGUGCCGGGAGAUUUGGGGUGAGCAAAGCCCAGUCCCUGCCCUCAGGGAGCUUGCAGACGAAGAAAAGGGUUUGUGCCAUUGAAGAUGCCCAGCUGGAUUGCAGUCAUUGCCCUUGACUUUGCCCAUCUGCCUUUCCAGAGGGGCAGGCCCACUGUCACAGAAACUGGAAGAGCCACACAGGGGAGACAGUGGGAGAGCUCGGGACAGGGCAUGAGAGUGUCUUGCUGCCUCUUGGAGGCCACCAUUGUGACUAUGAACCAUACCGGGCAGAGGAAGUGGGUCAAGGCGGCCAGGGCAGCUGGGCUGGGCAGGGAGAGGACCUGGGCAUGGCAGAAGGAGGGGAAAACAGACUGACUCGGCCUCAGGAGGUCAGAAGGGUGUUGGGCUGUGCUGGGUCACAGAACAACACAGCUUGGGAGGCUCCUGGAGGCUUCAAGGGGAGGCCUAAGGCUAAGGCUGUGGAUGUUGAUUGUCAUUUCCAUUACUAGCCCAAUUAUUAGUCUGUCUUCCUGGUAAAAAUAUGUGGUUGGAAAUGCCAAACUGAGAAGCCCACUUUUCCCCACUGGGGAUCAUCUGGGUUGGCGUCUCCAUGCUCAAGGAUAAUAUCUUGCCCUUUCCUGCCCCCUGCCUAGGAUUUCUCCCCAGAGGAGAGGAGGUGAGGGACCCACCAGGGAGGCUGUGCCUGUGGCUGUCACCCUGAGAUGCCAGCAGCUUCCUUUGGAUUCUGUAAUCAGAGUGUUUUUCACCUGUGUCUGCAGUGAUUGCCAGGAAGCCUCUGUGUCCAUAGCCCAGCGGGAUCCUGCCCUAAUUCCCACUCUUAUGGGGACUCAGCUAAUUCUCACCCCAAUCUCAUUGUCACCAGUCUAGGUCAGCAUUGGAGGGAGGUGUGGGCAACUACAGCCCUUGCUGCUUCCAAGACAGACAUCAACAGUUGAUCACCAACCUUUCCCACUCCCCACUCUCCAGCCCAAUGGACCUCACCGUCCUCAAAACCACUCCAAGCUGCUGCCAAUCAAUCAUAUCCUUAUGUGAGCAAAACCUGUUUGACAUCCUUACACCUGUACCAGCCCUCUCAGAAAGCUCUCAAUUCUGGCCUCCUUUUCUUUUUUCUUUUGAAUGUAUAUUAAAAUUAGGAUGUUCCCAAUCAAAAAAUCACUUUUCCUUCAUCUAGUAAUUGGAUAAGACAAACUAGCCCCAGAAAGCAGACAAUGGGAUGAACUGCCAAGUAGGAUUUUUAGGGGAGACAAAAUGGAUUAGGAAAUGCUAAGUUCUCUGUUGAAGGAGGAUACCUGGAUUUUUUAGGCUGUCAGAGGUGGAGGGCUUCCACAGACUGUCUUGUUCCAACUUUGUACCCAUUUUACAGGUUAGGACUCUGAGACCUCAGCAGUUCUUCUUUGGCCAGUGAGCUCAGGGAGUUAGUUCCAGGAGUGGGGUUCGGUCUCUGCACCCACUGGAUGACAGCGUGAUACAGCUCAGCACUAGACAGGGUUGAGUUGGAACUCCACUGCUGAUGGGCUGUGUGACAUUGGUCCAGUUCCUUGCCAAUAGGUAAGGAGGGAAGUCAGCCCUGGAGCAUCCAGUGCUCCUUGAAAUAUUAGGUAUCCUAGGAGGGUGCGGGUGGGCUCGCAUCUGGAAGAGAAAUCCCUAGAUUCAGCCACCAGUAACAGAAUCCCUCCUCCCCCAACCAACUUUGACUUAAACCAAUCAGAGACUUUACUUUUCUCUCCUUCUGAGAAGUCUAGACAUAGGCGGUUGCUGGCAUUGUCUCCUCAGCUUACGGAUGUCAGAGCCAAGGCUUUGCAACUCUCUUUCCUUUAUAUCACAGUCACUUCAUGGCCCAGGAUGCUUGCUGUACCUCCAAUUUUUCAUCUGGGUUCCAGGCAGGAAGAAGGGGAGUGAGCUAGAUGAAUCUGCCCUCCUCAUUAGGAGCUUUCCCAGAAGCUCCACCAGCCACUUCCAUUCUCAUCUCAUUGGCCAGGACUGUGUCACAUGUUUUCCCCACAUCUGCAAGAAGUCUGAGAACAUGCACCCCAAAAAGAUGGGGGCUCUUCUAGUAAGAAUGAAGGGUAGGGUGGCUUGGAGUGGCACUUAGCUGUCUCUGCUACAGUUGGAGGAAAAAACCGGAGUUUGUCCUGAUCCUCCAUGCCUUGGCCGUAUGCUCCUUAUUCGGAACUUGAAGGCAUCAUCCUUGCAGUGUGAGAGUGACCUGCCACCACGGCCUGCCACCUCCUCUCAGGGGUCCCUGAGUCCUUCAGGUCUACCCAAAGGCAUUGUAGACAUUCUUCCUGCAAGGCUUGGGAACCGACAAAUAGAUCUGCCCAGCUCGCCAGAGUUUUUGUGCAGGAACAGCCCCUCCCGUCUUUGUCCUGGCCGUGAGCACCCAGGGCUAAGCUUUUGAACACUUUCUUUGUGUUUGGAUUCAGCCCAGGCAAUGCAUAUUUGCUUUCAUUUCUUCUUGAGCUUGAGAAGCUCCUGGGUGCAAAUCUUGGAAAAUGAGGAUCUCUGAGCCCUUCCAGGCCAGCUCUUUGUUUUCUAGCAGACAAUUGAGGCUUUGAAAAGGAAAGUGGGUGGGGGCACCCCACAGGUGGCCCUCAUCACCCAAUUGCCAGUGCCUGCAGGCUCCUGCAGCAGAGGCCCAGAGUCAAAGAGGACUUAAAACCAGCUGUCGUUUCUCCCUUAGCUUCUGUGUAUGAGAGAAACAUACAUAGCCUUCUGUUUUUCAAAGUAAGAACAAGGAGGAAUUUGUUUCUAAAAGAACAUUAAAACACAGGCUCGUGGUCUAAAAGCAAAUGGUUCAGCAGGAUGUUCAGGGCCUUAAAGCACGGUCAGCAGGACUCAGCAUCUCCCAGCGCCUGCUCUCCGGUUGUCAUGGUAACAUCAUCCCCAACCCAACCACCUUGUCCAGCCGGGAGACAGCAGUCACAAGGAGGGACCUCGGUUUCCCCCGAGGAUCCUGGGCUUCCUUUCUGAAACACUUGCUUCUGAGCUCAGCAACCAGGAACACCAGGCCAGCCCAUCCCCAGCACCUCUGUGGAGAUGAGGGACAAAGUCCUACAGUCCCUCUUCCUGUUCUGAUGAGAAAGGGAGGGAAGAAAACAUACCCCGAGGGCCUGCAAUAUGGUCAUGACACUUAAAAAGCCUGUGCUAUGGAGUCAUGAUCAGAAACCAGGUGCAGAAACCAGAGUGUGGGGAGGGUCAGCAGCCUGCCUCAGAGCAGCCAGCUAGGUGGGGAGUGGUAAAUUUGGGACUUGUACCCAGGCAUGACUGGCUCCGAGCCCAAUGCUCCACUCUAUCGAAUGUUCCCUGGGCCUCAGUUGCUUUCCUUUCCUUUGCAGGCUGUGGGCUGCUGCCACUCUGGCAGCUGGUGAGCUAGCUGGAGGGCAACAUUCCAAAGCAGGGGCAGCAAGGCUUUCCUCCUGUGCCCACUCCCGUGGGGAAGUCCGUUGACUCCCACCGCUGAUGGGAGCUGGCAACAUCAGGAUGAGGUCCCUGGGGAUGGGAGCAGGUACCCACUGUCUGUCUACCUUCCCACUGGAAAAGCACGGACAGGCCGGCGCUUGAGGGGGCAGGCAGAGGACAGAGUUGGCUUUGCGCGGUCUCUGCCUGCUGAGCAGCUCCAAAUCCUCUCAUGGGAGAAACAAGGAGGCAGUCCCUUGUGCAUGUUCCAGAAGUUUUAUUGGGGAGGAGGAAGCGGGCAGAGGAAGCUGUGUGUGCAUGUGAAGGGGUGGGCAGAGUGGGAGGGAUGCACGGGUAUGUGAGCAUAGCAUGUGCGAGUACUACACACACAUCUCCAUGCAGAAGCACAACUGGGCAGCCCUGGCUUCCAGUGCUGGGCUUCAGCACAACAGACACCAGCCUGUGGUCUCUCUGAACCCAGGGAGACCGCAUCGGGCUCAGGACGUUUCCCCCGAGGUCCAGAGUUUUAUGCCUCUCCCUGGCAUUCUCCAUAAAGAAGGGAAGGUCAGAUGACCCCUUAGAUCUGUGUCAUCUGGGAAUUUCCUUGGGCUGGUUUAGACAUGAUGCCCUCUCUUUUUCUCAGGAUAGCAGAUAACCUGCUUUGAAAGAGGGCUUAAUUCUGUGGGUCCUAAAUUUUCUCCUUUCUCUCUUUCUGUGUGUGUGUGUUGGGGAAAUGGCAAGUUUCCAAUACCAGCUUUGGAGGAAUGAUUAUGUUUUCCCUCCAAUUCAAGCCCAAAAAACCAGAGCCCUCAUUCCAAAGCCCCCCACCCAGAUGGAUUUUUUAGUUUCAUUUGUCAUCCAUCCCAUGGGAGGGUCCCAUGUCUCCUCAGAACCCAUCCUGGAGGCAGCAGGUAGGGUAGAGUGAGUUUGGCCUGCUCAUGACCUCCACCCCUGAGAUUGUGAACAAAGAGGUCUGGGGUGAUGCUGAGAAUGUUUUUGAAGAUGCUCCCAGAUGACGCUGAUGAUCACACGAGAUCGAGUGCUGCGAUCGCCUUGAGUCCAACCUCUGCAUAAAUGAGGUUCUCAUAAACAAGUUCACUCUACCCUAAGCUAAAUCUAUGUGAGCAAACCCACUUCAUCCUUUGUACCUGGAGCCCUGGUUACACUAACCUGAUACUGACCUGUUCAUGUAGCUGGAAUGGUGUGUUUCAUGCAGUGUGGACCAAGCAAUGGCAUGGGGGGUGUGUGUGUGUGUGUCUGUGUGUGUGUGUAUGCGUUCACACUUUUGUGUGUAUAUGUGCAUGUAGAUGCUGCAUAAAUGAUUUUUGAUGUCAAAGACAAACACAUUCCAUUGUUUUAAAUGUUCUAUUAUGUAAACAAUAUGCAGAAGGACCAUAUCUACUCUUGUCAUAUCAUUUGUGAUGGUAAAACAUGCAUUUGCAAUAAAUUAAGCUUUCUGGGAAGGCAAGCAGUAUUGGAGCCAAAUGACUGUCUCGGAACAUGUGUGUGUUAUCUCGGUUCAUAUCAAGUCCAAAGCUAAUGGAGCCUUCCCCGCCAUCCAGGGAGGAACACCAGGACCCCGGAAUUUCUUCUUAGUGCUAUAUUUUAAAGUUGCAUUGAUGUUUUCCUCCCCUUCCUUUUGCACAAGUUGGAAGUAGCAGUGUUCUAAAAGAUGGUUUGAUGUUUUUACUGUUGUUCUAUAUUUUUUAAAAUGUAUCUGCUUUGUGUUUGGAAAUAAAAAUCUCUAUUUUGGUCUAUGAAA